GGCGGCGGGGCCGGCGAGGUGUUCCUGCCUGGCGGCGGCGAUGCGGCGCUGAGACCCGGCUGGCAGCGCUCCGUGCGGGGAGGGAGCGCCGAUGGACUCCUCUCUCCGUCAGGGUGCCAGGGUGUGGCUGCGGGAGCAGGACCAGCUGCAGCCGUGCACUGUGGGCUCGUGUGCCGAUGGAGCUGUGCUCUUCACCUCAGACUAUGGCAUGGUAUUCCAGUACCCCAAGGCCUCCCUAUCCAGAGAAAAGGUCUUGCCAAUGCACCAGACCAGUAUUGAUGGGGUAGAAGACAUGUCCAUGCUGGGAGAUCUGCACGAAGCUGCCAUCCUGCUUAACCUGCACCAGCGCUACCAACAGGGUAACAUCUAUACAAACAUUGGUUCCAUCUUGGCAUCAGUGAAUCCCUACAAAGCCAUCCCUGGGCUGUACAGCGAGGAUGCCAUGGAGCUGUACAGGCAGCACCGCCUGGGUGAGCUGCCUCCCCACAUCUUCGCCACUGCAAACGAGUGCUACUGCUGCCUGUGGAAGCGCCAUGACAGCCAGUGUGUGCUCAUCAGUGGAGAGAGUGGAGCUGGAAAGACUGAGAGCACCAAGUUGCUGCUCAAGUUUCUGUCAGCUAUGAGCCAGACCUCCCUUGGGGCACCUGUGUCUGAGAAGAGCACUCAUGUGGAAGAAGCCAUCCUGGAAAGCAGCCCCAUUCUGGAGGCCUUUGGAAAUGCCAAGACAGUUUAUAACAACAACUCCAGCCGCUUUGGCAAGUUCAUCCAGCUCCACUUCUCUCAACAUGGACACAUCCAGGGAGGCCAAGUAACUGACUAUUUACUGGAGAAGAACAGAGUGGUGCACCAGAACCCUGGAGAGAGGAACUACCACAUCUUCUAUGCUUUGCUAGCUGGUGUGAGCGGGGAGCAGAAAGAGAGCCUCUCCCUCUCCGAGCCAGAGACUUAUCGCUACUUGAACCAGUCUGGUUGUGUGACUGAUCAGAACCUGAACGACACAGAGAUGUUCAGUAAGGUCAUGACUGCCAUGAAGGUGGUGGACUUCAGCACUGAAGAAAUCAGAGACAUCUUCAAACUUCUUUCUGGCACACUUCACUUGGGGAACAUUGAAUUCAUGACUGCUGGCGGGGCACAAGUUACAACAAAAGCAGUGCUGAACACUGCCAGUGACCUCCUGGGUUUGGAUGCCUUUCAGCUUUCUGAAGUUCUGACGCAGAGGUCGAUGAUUCUGCGCGGGGAAGAAAUCAGCUCCCCUCUCACUGUGGAACAGGCAGCUGACUCCAGGGAUUCCCUCUCUAUGGCACUCUAUUCCCAGUGUUUUUCGUGGCUUAUUAGCAAGAUCAAUACGAAGAUCAAAGGCAAGGAAAACUUCAAGUCUGUGGGCAUCCUGGAUAUCUUUGGCUUCGAGAACUUUCAGGUGAAUCGCUUUGAGCAGUUUAAUAUCAACUAUGCAAACGAGAAACUCCAGGAGUAUUUCAACAAGCACAUCUUCUCCUUGGAGCAGCUGGAGUACAACAGGGAAGGAAUCAACUGGGAAGCCAUUGACUGGAUGGAUAAUGCGGAGUGCCUGGACCUUAUUGAGAAGAAACUGGGUCUGCUGGCUUUGGUGAAUGAAGAGAGUCGAUUCCCCAAAGGCACAGACAACACCCUGCUGGAAAAGCUUCACAGCCAGCAUAUGAGCAACCACUACUAUGUGAAGCCUCGGGUGACAGACCAUCAGUUUGGCAUCAGGCAUUACGCUGGGGAGGUGCUGUAUGAUGUGAGAGGCUUCCUGGAGAAGAACAGAGACACCUUUCGAGAUGACAUCUUAAACAUGCUGAAAGACAGCAGACUGGACUUCAUCUAUGACCUUUUUGAGCGAGUCUGCAGUCGCUGCGGCGAGGAGACGCUGAAAAUGGGCACCCAAAGGCGCAGACCGACUGUCAGCUCCCAGUUCAGGGAUUCUCUCCAUUCUCUGAUGGCCACCCUUAGUACCUCCAACCCAUUCUUCAUCCGUUGCAUCAAACCCAAUACAGAAAAGGCACCGAACCUCUUCAAUCCAGACGUGGUGCUAAACCAGCUGCGGUACUCAGGGAUGCUGGAGACAGUGAAGGUUCGGAGAGCAGGCUUCCCUGUGCGGCGCCUCCUGCAGGACUUCCUCAGCAGGUACAAGAUGCUUGUGAAGGGACCCAAUCUCUCAGACAACAGCAAAGCUGUGUGUGCAGGCUUUCUCCAGAGCUAUGACAGCAGCAGGAAGGAAUGGCAGUUGGGUAAAACCAAGGUUUUCCUGAAGGAAGCUCUUGAGCAGAAGCUGGAGAAGGAUCGGGAAGAGGAGUUGAGGAAAGCAGCUGUAGUCAUCCGAGCCCACGUCUUGGGCUACAUGGCAAGGAAGAAGUAUCAAAAGGUGCUAGCCAGUGUUGUUCUAAUCCAAAAGAACUACCGUGCAUACUUCUGGAAGAAGAGCCUGCUGCGGCUGAAGGCGUCUGCAGUCACCCUGCAGAGGCACUGGCGUGGGCACCUCGCUCGCAGCCUCUACCAGCACCUGCUGCAGCAGCAACUCAGGCAGAAGCAGGAAGUGGAGGAGAGAAGGAAGCAAGAAGAGGAAGAACAGAUCAGAAGAGAGGAAGAGGAAAGACAAUGGCAAGAAGAGGAGGAGCGUAGGAGGAAGCAGGAAGAGGAAGAGGUGAAGGAAAGAGAAAAGGAGCAAGCGAAUGCGCUGUGCCAAGUGGCUCAGGUGGAAGCAGUAACGAGUGAGGAGGUAGAGAUCCCUCUGCAAGAAGAAGAGAGACGUCAGAUGGAGGAGAUCUUGAGGCUGGAGAAGGAGAUUGAGAAGCUGCAGCAGCAGCAGGAGGAUCACCUGUCUGUGGUGUGUGAAAACACCCGCAACGAGAUCCACCGGCAGCGCCAGGAGGAGAUCCAGCGGCUGGAGAAGGAGGCCUCGAGGGUUGCCCAGGAGUUCCUGGAGCUGCUGGACUUCGGCAGUCUGGAUGAGAGCGUGCAGAACCUGGAGCGCUCGCUCUCCAGCGAGGGAGCGCUCAGCAUGGACUGCAGCCUGCGGGCACCGCUGGCUGAGGAGGAGGUGGAUGAGGGCUUUCACGCUGAUGAUGAAGGACAGCCCACACCCGGCUUGGUCUUGAACCAGCACAGCACAAGGAACAGUCACCGCUCGGAGAAAGUUGUGGACACGAGGCUUUCACUUCUCCAGAGGGAAGUGGGAGAGGUUACCUCUGCUCCAGGACAGCCUGUGGAGAGGACCUCUAGCCACAAGGAGCAGAGAGCCCCAUCUGGCCCAGCAGACAGCGUGUACAGCACCGUCUCAGAUAGGCAGAGGACUAGCAGCAGAGAAGUGGGAGAGCCACUUUACACUCCGCCCCAAGAUGUGGAGUCUGAUUAUGACCAUGAGGAGUUUGAUGGCUGUGGAGAUGCAGGCAGUGCCUCAGCUGAGCCUCUUGAUGGUGAAGAAGGUCUGAGACACUCCCAUGGUACCAGCCUAGACUCCAACCGUGGCAGCUUGGACUCGUUCCUGGAGAGUGAAGAAGAAGUGGAUGUUUACAUUGAUACAGAUGAGGAGUUCUGCAAUGGACGAGUCACCAUCUUCAAUGGCUCAGGACCACCCUAUUUUCACAGCUACCUCUACAUGAAAGGGGGUCUGAUGAACCCGUGGAGGCGGCGCUGGUGCGUGCUGAAGAACGAGGCCUUCAUGUGGUUCCGCACCAAGCAGGAGGCGCUCAAGUCGGGCUGGCUGUACAAGAAGGGGGGCGGCAUGUCCACGCUCUCGCGCCGCAACUGGAAGCGGCGCUGGUUCGUGCUGCGCGAGGCGCGGCUCAUGUACUUCGAGAACGACAGCGAGGAGAGGCUGAAGGGCACCAUCGAUAUCAGAAGGGCCAAGGAGAUUGUGGAUAUUCAUGAGAAGGAGAAUGCCCUGGACAUUGUGACAGAAGACAGAAUAUACCACAUUGUUGCAGAGUCACCAGAAGAUGCCAGUGGUUGGUUCAACGUCCUGAGCCAAGUACACAGCGCUACAGUACAGCAGCUGAGGGAGAUGCAAGAUGAACAGGCCAACCCAAAGAAUGCUGUGGGCACCCUGGAUGUUGGGCUCAUUGACUCUGUCUGUGCCUCAGACAACCCUGAUAGGCCCAACUCCUUCGUGAUCAUCACAGCCAAUCGAGUGAUUCACUGCAACAGCGACACCCCGGAGGAGAUGCACCACUGGAUCUCCCUGCUGCAGAAGCCCAAAGGGGAAUCCAAGGUCGAUGGCCAGGAAUUCCUUGUCAGAGGCUGGCUUCAUAAAGAGGUUCAGAGCAGCAACAAGAUGUCCUCUCUGAAGCUGAAGAAGCGCUGGUUCGUGCUGACAAACACUGCCCUGGAUUACUACAAGUCAUCUGAGCGCACAGCUGCCAAGCUUGGCACCCUGGUGCUCAACAGCCUGUGCUCUGUGGUGCAGCCUGAUGAGAGGGUCUUCAAAGACACAGGCUACUGGAACAUCAUUGUCCACGGGCGGAAGCACUCCUACAGGCUGUACACCAAGCUGCUGAACGAAGCCAUGCGCUGGGCCUCUGCCAUCCAAGGUGUCAUCGACAGCAAAGUUCCCAUCCAGACACCCACACAGCAGCUCAUUCGAGACAUCAGGGAAAACAGCACCAACCUGGAAGUGGUGGAGCAGACAUACAGGAGGAACCCGAUCCUGCGCUACACCCAGCACCCCCUGCAUUCCCCAUUGCUCCCACUGCCUUAUGGAGAUGUUAGUGUCAACUUGCAACAAGAGAAAGGUUACAGCAGCUUACAGGAUGAAGCAGUGAAGAUCUUCAACUCCCUUCAGGAAAUCGAGACCGUGUCUGACCCCAUACCCAUCAUCCAGGGCAUCCUGCAGACCUGCCACGAUUUGAAGCCCCUCCGUGAUGAAGUGUACUGUCAGCUCAUCAAACAGACCAAUCACAUGCCACAUCCUAACAGCACUGGCAACCUGCACCACUGGCAGCUGAUGUCGUGCAUGAGCUGCACCUUCCUGCCCAGCAGAGGCAUCCUGCGCUACCUCAGGUUCCACCUGAGGAGGGUAAGAGACCUCUUUGCAGGCUCAGAAAUAGACAGGUAUGCCCAGUUCAUAAGUGAUUCCCUGAAGAGGACCAAGACAAGGGAGUUUGUGCCCUCCCAGGAGGAGAUCCAUGCUCUUCUCACCCGUGAAGAAAUGACCACCACGGUGUACUGCCACGGCGGCGGCUCCUGUAAAAUCACCAUCAACUCCCACACGAGUGCUGGGGAGGUGGUUGAGAAGCUGAUCCGAGGCUUGGCGAUGGAGGACAGCCGGAACAUGUUUGCUCUCUUUGAGCACAGCCAGCAGGUGGAUCGUGCUGUUGAGAGCAGAGUCAUUGUGGCUGAUAUCUUGGCCAAGUUUGAGAGGCUUGCUGGCUCAGAAGAAGAGGAGGAAGAGGGACAGUGGCAGCUCUAUUUUAAGCUUUAUUGUUUCUUGGAUAUAGAGAAUGUUCCUAAAGAUGGGGUGGAGUUUGCCUUCAUGUUUGAGCAGGCUCAUGAAAGCCUCAUCGAUGGUCAUUUUCCUGCGCCGGAGGACACUCUGCAGCGCUUAGCAGCUCUGCGACUGCAGUAUCUCCAUGGAGAUUACUCUAAAAUAAGCUGGAGCCUGGAUGGGAUCUACCCAGUGAACAGGCUGAAGUCCAAGAUACUGCAGUCAACCAAGAACACUGGCACUAGCAGCCAUACUUUGGAGAGGAGACGGACCAGCUUCCUGGAAGGGACGCUGAAACGUGGCUUCAAGACAGGCUCUGUAAAGAAGCAGAAGAUCGAAGAGGAGCAGAUGAUGGAGAUGUGGGUGAAGGAAGAGCUGUCAGCUGCUCGGGCAAGCAUAGCACAGAAGUGGACCAAGCUGCAGGGUCUCUCUCAGCAUCAGGCCAUGGUGAAAUAUAUGUCCAUUGUAAAGGAGUGGCCAGGUUAUGGGUCAACCCUCUUUGAUGUCGAGUGCAAGGAAGGUGGAUUUCCAAAUGACCUUUGGCUUGGAGUCAGCACAGAGAACGUGUCCAUCUACAAACGAGGAGAGCCUAAACCACUGGAAACCUUCCAGUACGAGCACAUUGUGUUCUUUGGAGCUCCACAGCCUAACACCUUCAAAAUUACAGUGGAUGAGAGAGAAAUGUUCUUUGAAACACCUCAGGUGGGUGAGAUAAUCAAGAUCAUGAAGGCAUACAUCAACAUGAUCGUGAAGAAGCGCUGCAGCGUCAAAUCGGGCACCAGCACGGACAGCCACGCUAGCAUCUGGACCAGGUGAUAGGGAUGAGCUGCCACAAGAGAGAAGCAGUUGUGUAGUGGUUUGGUAUUUGCAACUUGCCAGCACAAGUGUAGCAAGGAUGGCUUUUUCAAGAACUCCACUUGACUGACUACUGUACUUAGAAACUGAAGUGACACCUGCAGCACCACGGGAUGGGCACCUCUGCCCACGGACAUCAAACAGUAACCCCUCCUGCUCAAUGUUACCCACCCCAAAACUUCUUCUCCUCUUGCUUGUUUGAUGAACAAUGUACUUUAAAGCAGCCGAGUCAGAAGCAUCCUCCUACUCCUUUGUGUCCUCUGCUGCUGUCACCACUACCUGUCCUACUGGCAGAAGAGUCCACAAGAACCAUUUCUGCGCCACAGGAGGCAGACUUAAGCUUCCUUAGGGAUUUCCAACACGCAGACAUCUGAGGUCGUGGGAAUUGCAGGAUGAGCUGCUAAAAGAGUAUCCUGGGGGGGGGUUAUUUAUUGUGCAAGCAGCUCUAGAACACAAAUCACUGUGGGUUGGUUAUUUUUUCCUUCAGGUUAUACUAAAGAUCUGAUCUGGUCUUACAAGAAAAUGCCUUUGUCUAAUGGAAGCCAGGUGGCCCAGCCAGGUGUGGAGAGAGCUUUGUCAUCCUCCGGGAGAGAGCUUUGAACAAACAGAUAACAAUAGCCAAGGUGAUUCUUUGCCUUCCAGCAGAAGUUCACAGGUACAUAACUGUAAAAAGUGGCACUUUAAGUUAAAAUUCUGAACACUCCACCAUAGGAGGAGAUCUCUGGGACUAGCACCACAGAAGCAGAUCAGCAGGUGCCAAGCCAGGUACAUUCCAAACAGCGCCUGCUGCCUGACAGUGAAGACUGCCUUUCCCCUGCACAGCCCAGGAGGGGAGAUUGACUUAGCUGCGUUCCCAGAAGAGCUUUUCACAGCCUGGGGGUCUCAGGUGGAGGUCAGGGCUUUUUCUGGUGAGCAGCCUGCCUCCAUAACGUUCUUCCUUACACGGGGUUUUAGCACGCCUGAGAUCCCACCACUGUAGUUUCAAGUGGACUGUUUCCUAGUGAGUGCAUAGGUGCCUGGAUAAAUUGUUAGAGACAACACUUCCCCUUCCCUUUAGACCACUGUAAGCAGAUCCCAAACCAUCCUCUGAAAGCAGAUCCCAAACCAUCCUCUGAAUCCUAACUGGAACUACUUCCAUCGCUGAGUCUCCAACUCCCCUUCCCGUCCCCUCUAGGUCCCUCAUCAUCAGCACAGCUUGAAGGCGAUGCUGUUUUGCCAAAACAACUGCUUCUGGGAGGAGGUUGCUUUUGGCUACUUGCAGUUUGAAGAAGCAGACUUAUUUCUGCUUUCUCCUCAGUGACAGGUGCCAGCCACCUCCAGGUCUCUUGGCUUCCACACUUGGUGUCAUGGUUUAACACUGUUCACUAUCAGUCACGCUAUAAAUCGGCUGUGUUAGCCGGCAGGGAACCUGAGGGCGAGUCCCUUUCCAUGGCCCUUGUGUAUCCUCAGCAUCCCAUAAUCCAGAAGCCCAUUUGCUGACACUGUGUUGUUGCAGAGCAGUGCAGCUUUCAGGUUACCAGUGCAAGAGGGACCAGUGUAGAUAGUGCAGGCUUUUCUCUCACCCCACUGCGCUCGCAGCGCAUGCAGACACUCGCCGCACAACCAGCUCAGAGCAGAGCCACUACUGUGUCGUAUCUUCAACUGGAGUUUUGCCUUAAAUUGCUUUACUGAGAGAUCCUACAGCCAGCCCCUUUUUUUGUCACAAAGAACACAAGCAGGGCCAGACCACAAGCCAGAGAGCAGGACCGCAGAGGCCGCCUGAGGAGCAGCACUUUGUAUCGGUGCACACACGGAGCAGGUCGCUUUAGGUAUCAAAGCAGCCUUGCUUAGCCCUUUCACUCUGCACCAGCUCUGUGUUCUGGCUCUUGGGUUGCUGCAGGCAGCUUGAACCCACUUGGAAAUGUAACUCCCCCGACUGUUUGUUGUAAUUUUGCUCAUUUCUAUUACAGAAAUCCUUCUGCUGUCUCUUUUUUUGUUGGUUUCUGUUUUAAUUUGUAACUGGCUUUACAAGAUGAAAGUUUAAUAAAUUAUUGGACUGCA